AUGCUAGUAAUGCUCAAAAUGAAUGUCUGCACAUACAAACACCCGAAAAAUGAAUUUGCCAGUUAAAUUAUGUUGCCCUGUAAUUUGAAAUGUUGUAAAUCAGAGUUAUUGAAACCUUUUUCUUUCAGGAUAUAUAUUUACAUUGAAUUAUUGCCCAGCCCUAGAUAGGACAUUUAACUGCCUGUUCCUGCACUGAUGCCGGUUCAGUAGCAGUAAUUACAACUAAAUAGCCCUCUCUAUGUCCACGUGAAGAUUAACCGUUAACUUGCCAUUAAGGUUAUGGUGCCUCCCCUCCAUGCCAGAGCAAAGGGCACAGAGCCGGUGACUGAGGAACAGGGACGGAGAAAUAGAGCAGCCUGUAUUCACCUGUAUUGUUAUUAUAAAUUUAUAAAUCUACAAUCAUUUCCCCUGAGCCUUCAGCCUCAAGAAUCUAGUAUCUCAAAGUGGUCUGGGUAACAAUAUGGCAACUCCCGAACUCUACACUAAGGGAGCGAGUGUGUGGGUGCCGGAUCCUGAAGAAGUGUGGGUGUGCACGCAGCUACAGAAGGACUACAGGCCGGGAGACCAGCAACUCACACUCCUGCUCAGUGAUGGCAGAGAGGUACAAUACCCAGUGGCUCCCCCUGCUGCUCUUCCUCCUCUCAGAAACCCUGAUAUUCUGGAAGGAGAAAAUGACUUGACAGCUUUGAGCUUCCUGCAUGAACCUGCAGUGCUCCACAACCUGCGUGUGCGCUUCCUCCACUACAACAGCAUCUACACUUACUGCGGGAUUGUGCUAGUGGCCCUAAACCCAUAUGAAGAGCUGCCCAUCUAUGGAGAGGAGGUGAUUGAUGUGUACAGUGGACAGGACAUGGCUGAUAUGGAUCCUCAUAUCUUCUCUCUAGCUGAGGACGCAUACCGCACCAUGAUCAGGGAGGAGAAGAACCAGUCAAUUAUCAUUAGCGGGGAGUCAGGCUCUGGCAAAACUGUCUCUGCCAAGUUCACCAUGCGCUAUUUUGCUGUGGUGGGAGGAGCAGCUCAGCAGACCAGUGUGGAGGAGAAAGUCUUGGCCUCCAACCCCAUCAUGGAGGCUAUUGGAAAUGCUAAAACGAUUCGCAAUGAUAACAGCAGCCGGUUUGGAAAAUACAUUGAAAUCGGCUUUGGGUCUAAAGGAGAUAUAAUUGGAGCAAACAUGAGAACCUACCUGCUGGAAAAGUCCAGAGUUGUUUUUCAGGCUCCAAAAGAGAGGAACUACCACAUCUUCUAUCAGCUUUGUGCCUCCAGAGAACUACCAGAAAUGAGGGCCCUCAAACUUAGUUCUGCAGAGAACUUUAGAUACACCAGCCAAGGAAAGGACAUAAACAUUCCAGGCACAGACGAUGUCAUGGAGCUGGAGAACACUCGAAAUGCAUUGACUAUUUUGGGAGUUCAGCCUGACCAGCAAAUGGAGCUGUUUCGGAUACUAGCAGCUGUUCUGCAUCUUGGAAAUGUGAACAUCCAGGCCAGUGGCCGAGGAGGCGACCGCAGUUACAUCAAUGGUGAUGAUGGCUUCCUGGUAGUCUUUUCUAAACUGAUGGGAGUGGAGGGCUCUCAGAUGGCCCACUGGCUAUGUCAUCAGCGGCUAGCCGUGGGCGGGGAGAUGCUGGUGAAGCCCAUGUCAGGUCAGCAGGCUAAUGAUGCACGGGACGCUUUAGCUAAGCAUAUUUAUGGGCAGCUGUUUACCUGGAUUGUCCAAAGACUGAACUCAGCUCUGCGGGCCCAAAGAGAGCAGCCCAAAACCUUUAUUGGAGUUCUGGACAUAUAUGGGUUUGAGACCUUUGACAGAAACAGUUUUGAGCAAUUCUGUAUCAACUACGCUAAUGAGAAACUUCAACAGCAGUUCAACAGGCAUGUGUUUCAGUUGGAGCAGGAAGAGUAUGUGCGAGAGGAGCUGCCCUGGAACCGUAUUGAGUUCAGUGAUAACCAACCUUGCAUCACCCUUAUAGAGGGCUCACUGGGCCUGCUGGACUUGUUGGAUGAAGAGUGUAGAGUUCCUAAAGGCUCUGAUGAAAACUGGGCACGAAAACUUUAUGAUCAGCACCUGAACAACAGCCACAACUUCCGCAAGCCACGCAUGUCCAACUCAGCCUUCAUUAUACUUCACUUUGCUGACAUGGUCCAGUAUGAGUGUGUUGGCUUCUUAGAUAAGAACCGUGAUACAGUAUUUGAAGAGCCCAUCAACAUAAUGAGGGCGAGUCAGUCUGACCUGGUUGCAGAGCUGUUCCAGCAGCAGUCUGCAGGAGGCUCUAUCUCUGCCUCCUCUGUGCCUAACGGGGGUGUGCGCUCAGGAAAAAGAGCCCACCGUGAGCACAAAUUAACCGUGGGCUUCCAGUUCCGUCAAUCUCUGCAGCUCCUGAUGGACACACUCAACAGCACCACCCCUCACUAUGUCCGCUGCAUCAAACCCAACGACCUCAAGAAGUCCUUCAUGUUUGAUCCUAAGAGAGCAGUGCAGCAGUUACGAGCUUGUGGUGUGUUGGAGACAGUUCGGAUCAGUGCUGCAGGCUAUCCAUCCAGGUGGACGUACGAAGAGUUCUUUGGCCGCUACAGAGUACUACUUCGUGGCUACUCUGCUCAGGAAGAUUUACGGGUGUCGUGUCAGAACACAAUCCCUGCCCUCAUCCUGGACCCUGACCAGUACUGCUUUGGCAAAACAAAGGUGUUUUUCCGGGCAGGACAGGUGGCUGUGCUGGAGAAGCUGAGGGCUGAGAGGCUGAGGGCAGCUGGAGUACUGAUCCAGAGCUGGGUGAGAGGAUGGAUGCAGCGGCGGUGGUACCAGCAGCUGCGCAGGUCAACUCUUACUCUACAGAGAUACACUCGGGGAGCACUGGCCCGCAGAUUGGCUUGGACUCUGCGGUACACACGGGCUGCUCUGAUCAUCCAGAAGACGUUUCGUAUGGUCAUGGUGCGGCAGCUCUUCAUUUCUAUUCGAGAGGCCACCAUCACCAUCCAGGCCUUCGCUCGGGGAAUGCAGGCCCGACAUGCAUACAGAGUGCUGGUGGCAGAGCGGGCAGCGGUGCGUCUGCAGGCGUGGGUGCGCUGCUGCCUGACCCGCCGCUGGUUCAGGCGUGUGAGGGCUGCGGUGGUGCUGCUGCAGUGCUGUGUGCGCAGGAAGGCGGCUCGGAGAGAGCUGCGGAGGCUGAGGGCCGAGGCUCGUUCUGUGGAAAAGUACAGAGAACUCAACAAGGGCAUGGAGGUCAAACUCAUGCAGCUGCAGCUGCGUGCUGACCAGCAGGCCAGAGAGAGUGCAUCUCUCCGGGAAGCUCUUCGAGCUGAACGCGAGUCUAACAGCAGUGAACAGGAGCAGCUCCGCUCAGCUUUACACAAACUGCAGAAGCAGCUCCAGGAACAGAGCCACACUGCUCCCACAGUCACUGCUAAACAGGAGGAGGAGAGGAGGAGAGCUGAGGAGAGAGCAGCCCAGGAGAUACACCAACUCUCACAGGAGAUGGAGGCUCUGAAAGUGGAGAGAGACUCUUUAGAAAAGGAGAGAGAUGAACUCACCACGCGUUUACAGGAGCAGGAGAAGAAGGCUCAAGAAGAGAGCAGGCAGCAGUCGCAGGCACAGGCUGGAGCAGCAGUACAGGCUGAGCUGGAGGAGGAGCGGAGGAGAUAUCAGGGCUUGCUGAGGGAGUUUACUCGGCUAGAGCAGAGAUACGACAACCUGAGGGACAUGAGCAUGCUCCCUACUGCUGAGCGUUGGCGCGGACACAGGCGGACUGACUCCACUCAGAGUGUGUCUCUAGAGCCUCCAUCUCCCAUCUCUCCAGCCUUCAGUGGUCCACCUGACUUUUCCUCUGCUGAAGAUGGAAGGAGGAUCAGCGUCACCUCACCCUUCGAUAGGAGGCCAUGGAAUCCUGAGCCACCUUUGAAUGCAUUAAUGGAGGACCUGGGUGUGCCAAAAGCUACAGCGGAGAAGAUGCAGGGAGAAGACCUCCGUCAUGCCUACGAUGCUGUCCGGGUGGCCAACAAGUUUCUGGAGAGACAGCUUGUGACUCAGAGAGCUGAGUUAGAGCAGGAAAAAGAUGCUCUUGUGCUGCAGCUCCAGGAGGUUCAGAGAAGAGAUGCUCCAGCCAGCAAAGCUCUGAAGGAUCUAAUGGACCAGAUGGAGGUUCAGGAACAAGAGUGCCGCAGGCUGAGGAGGGAACUGAAGGAGAUGAAACACACAGUGUCACUCCGGAAAAUUCUCUCUUAUGCAGGCCCAGCCGUGUCUGCAUCUCAGGAGCCACUCUCUCCAUCUACACAGCCAAUCCCAACACUCGCUGGAUUACUGGAAUGUAGGAAGAAAGACGAGAAUAGACUUAUUAAGAAUCUAAUUACAGAUGUUCGGACUGAAGUGGCUCUCUCUCUGGACCCUGGCAUGGCAGCACGGCUGCUCUUCCUGUGUGUGCGUCAGGCAGACUUCAGCAGGGAUCACACUCGGGCCCGAGGCCUCUGCGUCGCUGUGGUUACUGCAUUUAAAACAACUUUAAAGAAACACACUGGUGAUUUGGACAUGACGGCUCUUUGGUUGAAAAAUGCCUGUGUGCUCAAAGACCUGCUCACACAGCACUCACCUACACAGGUUCAAACCUCUGGAGAGGAGGGUGGGGGAGGAGAGGAGGUGCUCCCUCUGCAGGUGGAGCUGAGGGAACAGAUCCGGACGCUUGGUGAUGUGUGUAUUCAGGCCUAUCAGCAGCUGCUCUCCAUUUCCGAAAGCCGACUACAUCCCAUCAUUGUUCCGGCCAUUUUGGAGAGCGAGACCAUUCCUGGCCUGUCGGGAGCUGUGGUGAAGCUGGUUGGCUCUCGUAAGCGUGCAGGCUCUGACCCCCGGCCGGCGGGCUCUACAGAAGCGGCCAGCAUGGCAGCAGUGCUGAAGGAACUGGGAGCACUGCACUCUGCGUUGGAGCGGCAGGGUCUGCCCCUAACCCUGAUGGAGCAGAUCUUCAGGCAGCUUGCCCACUUGCUGGCUGCCAGCACCCUAAACAGCCUGCUGCUGCGCAAGGACAUGUGCUGCUGUAACCGUGGCCUACAGAUCAGAUACAAUGUGAGCCUACUGGAGGAGUGGCUACGGAGUCGAGGAGUAUGGUCAGGAGGUGCUGCAGCCUCUCUGGAGCCCCUCAUACAGGCAGCCCAACUUCUUCAAAUGAGCAAGAAAACUGAGGCAGAUGGACAAGCUAUAGUUCAAACCUGCAAUGCUAUGUCCAGCCAGCAGAUUGUGAAGAUUUUGACGCAGUACACUCCGCAGAGUGAUCUUGAGGAAAGAGUAACACUCAAUUUCAUCCGCAUCACUCAGGGGCUGCUGAAGGGAUGCUCAGAUGGACACCCUCCUCAGCUGCUGCUGGAUGUUAGGAGGGUUUUCCCCGUUACUUUUCCCUACCUGCCGCCCUUACCUGUGAGCGCUGAGCAACUGGACAUCCCAGAGUCUCUGAAGAUCUCCUUCCUCCGCAGGGUAUAAGGGAAAUCUCCAGUAAAGUGGUGAAAAGUCUGAACAGGCUUGCACUUUCUGUAAACCCCAAACCCUGAUGUUUUGCAAAUACAGUGUGUGUUUUUAAGCUACUCGUUUGACUACUCCACAUAUUUUUUGCAGGACUUAUACUGAGUACACAUGCUAUCAAAUGUAUAGUAAAUACAUACACAAUACAAAUACAAGACGGUUUGAUACCCACUUUCCAAGUUGAGGUGAUUUUCAACCUUUUAUCAUCAGGGGAAAAAAGACUCAGUGUUAGAUGGUAUGUUUUAUAUUUCUUCACACAAUGCUGCCACUGUUAAUGAUGGUUUGUGUACAUUAUUUUAAUCUGUAAUCUUUGUGCACUUAACAGAUAGAAAACAAUGCUAUUUUUCAUUCUGUUCAUAGCAAACCCAAGCAGGUUGACAACAAAAAUUGCUUUCACAUUUUUCAUGUAACCCAAAAAAAACAAGCAUUUGUUUUUGUAAAGCUUUUAAGCAUUAUGCUGCAUUGCAUUUACUUCAGAAGUUGGAGCUGGGAAUGAUGUUAUAGCCAAGUUGAUGGUGUUCUAGUACAUUCCAAUAAGUGUACAUUAUUUCAAAAUGCUUUUCAGCUAAAGACUAAAGAGUUUACCAAAACUGGUUUGAAAAUCAUUUACAGGAGUUUUAUGGCUAUUCUAACCAAAAUAUGGCCCUUUUAUUUGUCCCUAGAUUAUCAAUUGUAAAAUUGUCAGUGACACCAAUUGAUAACAAUGUAUUUUAUGGUAUUUUGUAUCAUACAAACACCAUGAAAACAUAUUGACACAGACUUUGGACAGUACUGUGUAAACAACUGAUUUAGUGGGAUACAAGUAGAUACUAAACUGUUUAAUUACUGCUUGUAUUUCUGUUGAUGUGUGCGGCAGCUAACCUGAACACAGGUUUAGUGAGGUUCUCCCAACUGUCUUAGUAGGAAAUACAAUUUGUGGAGGGUACAAAUUCCAGGUAAAAACUUAGAGGUCCAAAAUUUAUGUUUUUUUUUUUUUUUUUUUACUUUUUUUCUUUAUACAGUCAAACUUAUCUAAUAAACAGACUAAGCCAAGUA